AUGGCCGUCACUUUGGUUACGUCCUUUGCUUCCUCUUCUUCUCGCCUCCAUUUCCGCUCCUUCUCCUCUUCUCCGUCGUCUCUCUCCUCGUGUUUCGUCCGGUUCCAGCUGCCGUCUCGCCUUAGACUCGCUUUUGCCGUCACGCCUCUCUACUGUUCUUCUAGAGCCAUGGCUCAUACAAUCCCGCAAGCUACUCUCGGCCUCACUCAUGCUAACUCCGUCGAUCAUCCUAAGAUCUCAUUUUCCGGCAAGGAGAUCGACGUGACUGAAUGGAAAGGUGAUAUACUCGCGGUUGGAGUGACGGAGAAAGAUAUGACUAAGGAUGCCAACUCCAAGUUCGAAAACCCCAUACUGAAGAAGCUUGAUGCUCACUUGGGUGGACUUCUCGCUGAUGUCUCGUCUGAGGAAGAUUUCUCCGGGAAACCUGGCCAGUCAACAGUACUUAGGCUUCCCGGUCUCGGGUCGAAGCGGGUCGGUUUGAUUGGUCUUGGAAAAUCUGCUUCAUCUCCGUCGGCUUUUCAGAGUCUCGGCGAGGCUGUUGCUGCAGCUGCUAAAGCUUCUCAAGCUAGCAGUGCUGCAGUUGUUCUCGCCUCCUCUGAGAGUGUGUCUAAUGAAUCCAAGCUCAGUUCUGCUUCAGCUAUAGCUUCAGGCACCGUGCUCGGUUUGUUUGAAGACAGCAGAUAUAAGUCUGAGUCAAAGAAACCAUCUCUCAAAUCUGUGGAUAUCAUUGGCUUUGGCACUGGACCUGAACUUGAGAAGAAGCUUAAGUAUGCUGAAGAUGUUUCUUAUGGCGUAAUUUUCGGGAAGGAACUCGUCAAUUCUCCAGCCAAUGUUCUCACUCCUGCUGUACUAGCUGAGGAGGCCUCAAAGCUGGCUUCCAUGUACAGUGAUGUCAUGACUGCAAACAUCUUGAACGAGGAGCAAUGCAAAGAGUUGAAGAUGGGUUCAUAUCUCGCUGUUGCUGCUGCGUCAGCUAAUCCACCUCAUUUCAUCCACCUUGUUUACAAACCUUCUAGUGGCCCUGUCAAGACCAAACUUGCUCUUGUUGGAAAAGGAUUGACAUUUGACAGCGGUGGCUACAACAUUAAGACCGGGCCUGGCUGCUUAAUUGAGCUCAUGAAAUUCGAUAUGGGAGGUUCCGCCGCUGUUCUUGGCGCUGCAAAAGCCAUUGGUCAAAUUAAGCCUCCUGGUGUUGAGGUGCACUUCAUUGUUGCAGCCUGUGAGAAUAUGAUAAGUGGUACCGGAAUGAGACCUGGAGAUAUCCUCACAGCCUCAAACGGAAAGACAAUUGAGGUCAACAACACAGAUGCCGAAGGUCGACUGACACUUGCAGAUGCUCUAGUUUAUGCUUGCAACCAAGGUGUUGAUAAGGUUGUUGACCUUGCAACGUUGACUGGGGCUUGUAUCAUUGCUCUUGGAAACUCAAUGGCAGGCAUAUAUACACCUAGUGAUGAGCUUGCAAAAGAGGUGAUUGCUGCAUCAGAGAGGAGUGGGGAGAAGCUAUGGAGGAUGCCGAUGGAAGAGAGUUACUGGGAGAUGAUGAAAUCAGGUGUUGCAGAUAUGGUUAACACGGGAGGCCGUGCUGGUGGAUCGAUCACCGCGGCUCUCUUCCUAAAACAGUUUGUGAGCGAUAAGGUUGAGUGGAUGCACAUAGAUAUGGCUGGACCUGUGUGGAACGAGAAGAAGAAAACUGCGACUGGGUUUGGAGUUGCUACGCUAGUUGAGUGGGUACAGAACAAUUCUUCUUCUUAA